AUGAACAGCGACACUACUAUCCGUCGAAUACUGUUCGACGGCACUUGUUGGACUAGAAAAGGAAUCAAGUAUGAAAAAAUUGAAAGAGAUGAUACUUUGUGGCAGACAAAAAUGUUUCCUAAACUAAAUGAUUUUUUUUUCAAUUGUUUAUUACCGGAGUUAGUAGAUCCAAGACACCCAAGAUCUAUGCCUAUUCGAAAUCCAAACAAUAUACUGGAAGCGAAACGGAGAAAGAACGAACAGAAAAUGAAUAAGCAAAUCAUAACAAAUGAAAUUAGAAGAUGUGGAAAGUAUUCAUUAAUAUGUGAUGAGGCACGUUCAUUUAAAGAAGAACAAUUGAGUUUGUGUGUGAGAUAUUGUAAUGGAUUUGAAGUAUGUGAACGUUUUAUAAAAUUUAUUGAUUGCUCUCAGUCAAGGGAUGCAGAAAGUUUGAAAAAUAUUAUUAUAAAUGAACUAAAACAAUUAGAAAUAGCUGACAUACCCAUUGUUGCACAAACAUAUGACGGCGCUAGCGUGAUGUCAGGCGCUGUAGGAGGACUACAGGCUAAGAUUAGAGAAAAAUAUCCAACUGCUGUAUACUUUCAUUGUGCAGCACAUAAACUAGCCUUGGUGGUUACUGACACUUAUAUAACAUUAGGCCAAGCAACUUCAGCAAUUAAUGGUGUAAUACAAACUUUACAAGAAAAAAGGUCUGAUAAGAAUUUUAAACUAUUGUGGAAUGAUAUCACUAACUUUUCAAGAAAGUUUGGUAUUUGUUUGAACUAUGAAGAAUUUUCAAAAAAAAAGGAAACCUGUUGA